AACUUCCUCCGAUCGAGCGCGUCAGUUACUGUACUGUCACCAGGUCUCUACCUGGUUCUUCCAGCAUCUUCAUUCAGUGCCAGUCGCGGAUGACUGCACUGGAUAUUCAUGCUUGCAGGCUCUACGUCGAGCAUCAGAUUGUCGCCUGCAUCAUCACAAAUACCAUGUUGGCUUCGUCAAGUUCAACAACCUUUCGCUCGGCGGCAGGCAACGUCUCACACUUUCCGGAACCAUCGUCGUAUCCAUGCUGCUCGCAGGAUGAAAGAAGGAGCUCCAGGAGCAGUGAGCUGCACUGUGAGCGAGCGCAAGGCAGACGACGCUCUCGUCAAGAAUGUAACAUUCGCGGAUCUUUUGAACGCACCUACACAUCAAACACGCGUUUUAAAACCGCAUGGGCAGGAUGGCUUGAUGCCCCACGCGCCGCUCCCCACAGACGAGUCUCCGGACGUCGAGGCCAUCCACAUUCACGCUGGCGUCGGCUCAACUCACGGUCAACAAAACCCACAUCAUUAUUACUCCAAUCCUCACCGCACUGGCUAUCAGGAUCUCAUAGACUCACUCGAAGAGACACCACCAGCCCGAAUGAGGACGCGGCAAGAAUUGUUGGACAGCUUAGAGGAAGCUACCUCGGUGGCAGAUGGGUGGGAUGCAUACCACACCUUGACAAUCAUGUUCCCUCAUCAUAUUCAUCACCUCUCUGGAGCCCCCAAGAUUCCUCAGCGUCACCUCCAUCGUCUUGCCCGCCUUCUCGCCUCCACAAAACCUCGAACAAGAACACUUUUCUUACGGCUUUCUGCUGUUUUGACGAUGCUACACCGGUCUGGUUUUCGCAUCUACCUAUGGGAGUGGAAUGCCUUGCUAGACUGUGCAGGAAAGCGAUGGCGGAAAUGCAGCCUCGAAGACUACAAGGCAGCUGUGGAAGUUUUCAGUAAAAUGACCGCGCAGUCCUCUGAGGACCCAGACGACGACGAAAAGCUGCCUGCAGAGCCCGACUUGGUGCGCGUACAACCCGAUAUCAUUACAUAUACAACCCUCCUCUACAUCGCCGGCCGCUCGCUUGACCCCAGCGCCAUCCGUCACGCAUCUAAUCUGCUCAGAGCCUCAGGGCUACCACCAAACCGCAUCACCCAUCUAUCAUUGCUACACUACUAUACACGAACAAAGCAAUUGUCCGGCAUUCGAUCCACGCUGCAGAAGAUGAGAGAGCAAGGCUUUGAGCCUGGUCUGGACGGGAUCAACGCAUGUAUAUGGGCCUAUGGCCGGAAUGGGCAUGUGGAUAUCGCCUCAACCAUUUACCGCGUGUUGCGCCACAAUCUGCAGCCGGAGCUCGAUGUGGGCGAAUACGACAUCGAGACAGCCGUCAAGUACCUGCUAGAUGUGGAGGGCAUCGCCAUACGGGACGAUAUAAUACCCGACGAGAUCACAUAUACCUGCUUGAUCCAAGCUUUUGCCUAUCAUGGGCAAUUUAUGAAAGCACUUAAUGUAUUUGUGGACAUGCUUUCUACGCCUAAUAGGGAACCGAAGGCUCCUAUCGAUCAGGCGACAGGUCAACCUUCGCUCUAUCAGCCAACGCUUUCCGCUUUUCGGGGACUAUUUCUCGGUUUCGCGCGGCAUGCGCAGAAACCACUUUCCCUGAGAACCCCUCCCGGAUCUUUAUCUGAGCGGCUCCGCCCAAUCCAGAAAAGUGAUUGGAACCUCGAUAAUCUCCAUCAGGUAUUCAAGGCUUUUAUGAAUUUGCCUGCAGACGUUGAGCCGAGCGAGAGGCUUAUCUACUGGAUCUUGGUUUCUUUCGGCAAAGCCAGCGGAAAUGAUGGGGGAAAGCUGCGAAAGGUAUUUUUACAGCUAGAACAGCGCUUUGGUGGCGGAUGGGGCGGUCGAAUAGACAAGUUUCGGAAUGACAUAUUUGGCGAAAACGGGAGUGGUGGGCGGUUGCUGUAG